GGCCAGCCAAUGACAGGGCAGAGACUGGGAAGAGCGUCCUGGCUCUGGCUGCCAUAUUGAAUGUGGACUCUGCGCUGACGGCAACAGAAAUAAUUAGACAUGUUAUUGCGCUUAUAUUGAGCGUUUAUUGUGAGAGGUGAAUAAGGGUUCAUUACUAGCGACAAGCUCCGUCAAAAUGGGAGAGGACAGGGAGAAGGAAAAGCCUGAGAAAGGCUCUGAAGAUGGAGGAAGAAAUCAACUGAAACGUUCUGAAGAUGGUGGGAGAAAUCAGCUGAAACAGCGAGAUGAGAAGAAAGACAAGGAUCGUGAUAAAGACAAGGAUCGAGAUAAAGACAAAGAUCGUGAUAAAGAUAAGGAUAGGGACCGCAAAAAACGUAGCAGGUCUCGUUCACGUGAACGGCGUAAACACAAGUAAGUAGCUGUUUUAUUCCCAUGUGGUUGUGUUUAUUUGCAGCCUUAAAGCCCGGGUAGCAA